UUUGCCGCCGUCCUGGUCUGGCUCCUCACCCUGGCCCUUUUCGGGCUGAGCCUGCUGGGCCGCUGGGCGCUGGUGCCCUGGCUGGGCUCCCGCUGGCUCCUCACCAACCUGGUGCACGACCUGGCGCUGGGUGUGGGGCUCUGCGCGGCUGCCACCGGCAUCAUGGGCUACAAGCACUGCCUCUACGGUGCCUACCUGGGCGCCUCCGUCUGCGGGGGCAUCGCCGCCUGCCUGUACCUCUUCUCCGGGCUCUACUGCCUGUCACGGCGCUGCCGGGACCAGCGCGACAUCAUCUGA